AGAACAAAAAAAAAAAAAAAAAAAAAAAAAUCAAAACUCAUAUAAUCUUCUCCCAGCGAAAAUCUCCGUCGCCUUUUGAUAAAACCCCUUCUACACGUUCGUCGCCCCUUAGCUUGCUUCUUCAACAAUCUCUCAUGGCGUCCAGGAGACUAUCCAAGUCCGCUUCGGCAGCCAUCAGGGCGUAUCACGCUUUCUCCACACCCUCUCUCCUCCUCCGUCAUCGCGCUAUCUCCGCCGCCUCUGCUCACCACUUCACAUCGCGUUCCUCUCCCACCUCCUCUCUUCUCCUGCCUAAUUUCUCAAUCGGAGCUCCCGUAAACGCCGCAAAUUCGAUCGCUCAUGGCCGACAACUGCUACCUCUUCCUUUCCAAUUCCUUUCUCCGCGCCGCUUCUCCGCCACCGCAGCUCAGACUAAUCAGAACUCGUAUACGGAGAUGGCUUGGGAAGGGAUUCUCAACGCCUUCGACGCGGCUCGCGUCUCUAAGCAGCAGAUCGUGGAGUCUGAGCAUUUGAUGAAAGCUCUCUUGGAGCAAAAAGACGGUCUCGCCAGGAGGAUAUUCGCAAAGGCUGGGAUCGACAAUAGCUCCGUUCUCCAGGCUACUGACCUUUUCAUAUCUACACAGCCUAAGGUUACUGGUGAUACCAGUGGACAGGUGCUAGGGUCGUCUCUUAGUACUGUGUUGCAAAACGCGGAGAGGUAUAAGAAGGAGUUUCAAGAUGAUUACGUGUCUGUUGAACACCUUCUGCUGGCGUUUUAUUCGGAUAAAAGGUUUGGGCAAGAGUUUUUCAAGAACCUGAAACUUAAAGAGGAGGCCUUGAAGGAAGUUAUUAAAGACGUCCGCGGUAGUCAACGAGUUACUGAUCAAAAUCCUGAAGGAAAGUAUGAUGCACUUGAAAAGUAUGGGAAUGAUUUAACUGAGAUGGCCAGACGAGGAAAACUCGAUCCUGUCAUUGGAAGGGAUGAUGAGAUUCGGCGGUGCAUCCAGAUAUUGUGCAGGAGGACGAAAAACAAUCCUGUUAUCAUCGGUGAGCCUGGUGUUGGCAAAACUGCAAUCGCUGAAGGGUUGGCGCAGCGGAUUGUACGAGGGGAUGUCCCUGAACCUCUCAUGAAUAGGAAGUUAAUAUCUCUUGACAUGGGUUCACUGCUUGCUGGUGCCAAGUUUCGAGGAGAUUUUGAGGAACGGUUGAAAGCAGUACUGAAGGAAGUCACUGCUUCCAAUGGACAGACAAUCUUGUUCAUUGAUGAAAUUCACACUGUUGUCGGUGCAGGAGCUACCGGUGGAGCAAUGGAUGCGAGCAACCUCUUGAAACCAAUGCUUGGAAGAGGUGAACUGAGAUGCAUCGGUGCUACUACACUGACCGAAUACCGCAAAUACAUCGAGAAAGAUCCAGCUCUGGAACGUAGGUUUCAACAAGUGUUAUGUGGCCAACCAUCUGUUGAAGACACCAUUUCGAUUCUUCGUGGGUUAAGAGAGCGGUACGAGUUACACCAUGGUGUUAAAAUAUCAGACGGUUCCCUUGUUUCAGCAGCGGUUCUGUCAGACCGCUACAUCACUGAACGCUUCCUGCCAGACAAAGCUAUUGAUCUUGUUGACGAAGCUGCUGCAAAGCUGAAGAUGGAGAUCACUUCUAAACCAACUGAACUCGAUGAAAUAGACAGAGCUGUGAUCAAACUGGAGAUGGAGAAGCUUUCUUUGAAAAACGAUACUGACAAAGCCUCAAAAGAACGGCUACAUAAGAUUGAGAAUGAUUUGACCGCUCUCAAAGAAAAACAGAAAGAACUCAGUGACCAAUGGGAGCAAGAAAAGUCUCUCAUGACUAGAAUACGUUCAUUUAAAGAAGAGAUCGAUCGUGUGAACCUGGAAAUCGAAUCUGCUGAACGUGAAUAUGAUCUACAACGCGCUGCUGAGCUCAAGUAUGGAACACUUAUGUCCCUUCAACGCCAAUUAGAAGAAGCUGAGAAAAAUCUCACCAAGUUCAGAGAGUCUGGACAGUCAUUACUCCGGGAAGAGGUAACCGAUCUUGACAUAGCAGAGGUAGUAAGCAAGUGGACCGGUAUUCCACUGUCGAAUCUUCAGCAGUCAGAGAGAGAGAAGCUGGUGAUGUUGGAACAAGUGCUCCACAAGAGAGUUGUUGGUCAAGACAUGGCUGUAAAAUCAGUAUCAGAUGCUAUCCGGCGUUCAAGGGCCGGUCUCUCUGAUCCUAACCGUCCAAUAGCCAGUUUCAUGUUCAUGGGUCCAACAGGUGUUGGUAAAACCGAGCUCGCCAAAGCUCUGGCCGGAUACCUUUUCAACACUGAAAACGCGAUAGUGAGGAUCGACAUGAGCGAGUACAUGGAGAAAUUCUCGGUCUCGCGGCUCGUUGGUGCACCACCUGGCUAUGUCGGUUAUGAAGAAGGUGGGCAGUUGACUGAAGCUGUUCGCAGGAGACCCUACUCAGUGGUUUUGUUCGAUGAGAUCGAGAAAGCCCAUCCUGAUGUAUUCAAUAUCCUAUUGCAGCUUCUUGACGAUGGAAGGAUAACUGAUUCUCAAGGGAGGAGAGUGAGUUUCACAAACUGUGUUGUGAUUAUGACAUCUAAUAUAGGAUCCCACCACAUACUCGAGACUCUCGGCAACAGUGAAGACGGCAAAGAAGCAGUGUAUGAGUUGAUGAAGCGGCAGGUUGUGGACUUGGCAAGACAAACUUUCAGGCCAGAGUUCAUGAACAGAAUCGAUGAGUACAUUGUCUUCCAGCCGCUAGAUUCAAAAGAAAUCUCCAAAAUCGUUGAGUUGCAGCUGGAACGAGUGAAGAACAGGAUGGAACAAAAGAAAAUAAAGCUUCAGUACACAAAAGAAGCAGUGGAUCUUCUUUCUCAGCUUGGGUUUGAUCCCAACUAUGGGGCAAGGCCUGUUAAGAGAGUGAUCCAACAGAUGGUGGAGAAUGAGAUCGCUGUUGAAGUUUUGAAAGGAGAUUUUGCAGAGGAGGACACUAUCCUUCUCGAUGUUGACCAGACAAGCAACAAAUUGGUCAUCAAGAAGCUCGAGAACAAUGCUCCUAUCGAGGAAAUGGCAGCUUGAUUAUACUAUAAACAAGCGUUUUUGUAACUCUUUGUUCUAUGUUCUGUAGAUUCAGCUCUGUUUUCUGACACGUGCGGAUGGAAGAUGUUUAAAAGUUUUAUCUC